AACUACAUUCAACCAGCCUGCUUCCUGCAUGGCAAACACUUUGCCUGAGAGGAAGUGACAUCACAGCACUGAGACUUGGGUUGCCACAAAAUACACUGAAAACAGAUGAGGACUUCAAGUUGCGCACAAUACAGCCUCCAAUGCAAAACGUGAAGAGGCAUAAAAAAGCUUUUGGAACAUCACUGUGAAGUAUGUCUGCUGGACAGAAAGAGACGCUGCGGGACAGGACAUGUCAAACUGGAGCUGUUGUUUUUUUCUCAAACCCUUUGAUGAGUGAUAUUGAAUCAGACUGGUCUCCGAUUCAUGAUGCUGCAUUUAAUGGACACGUCCUUGCUCUGCAGAGACUCAUUGCUCAGGGUACAUGUGUCAAUCUGAGCACUCUGGACCAGGUUUCUCCCCUCCAUGGAGCAUGUAUACAGGGCCAUGUAGCUUGCGCCAAGCUUCUGGUAGAAAAUGGGGCAAAUGUAAACAAUUCAACGGUGGAUGGACAAUCACCCCUGUCAGAAGCUUGUGCCCGGGGCCAUGUGACCUGUAUAUCGUUGCUCCUUCAACAUGGAGCGACUGCCCUGGGGACCAACCAGUCAAAUUCCCCAAUCCACUUGGCUGCAGCUAAAGGUCACCCAGAGUGCAUUGAGCCUCUUGUUCAGUAUGGUGCAGAUGUGGAUCAAUACGUUGACCAAUCAGGCUCCCCUCUCCACGCUGCCUGCUCCAAUCAGCAACUGAGUAGUGUAAGGAAAUUGCUUCAACUUGGUGCUAGUGUCAACAGCAGUAUGUCUGGUGACUCGCCCCUGCACAUCGCUGCCCGUCUGUCCAGCCCAGAGAUGGUGUCUGUCCUGCUUGACCACGGGGCGGAUCACUUCCUCAGGAACCUGGAAGGCAAACGGCCGCUGGACCUCGCACCUCCCAACAGCCUGGCAGAGAGGCUGCUGAGACAAGCUGGAGGAAUGUUUCCUCUGAUGCACUUGUGCCGGCUGUACGUCAGGAAAACUGUCGGCAAGCAGAGACUAGGUGGGAUUCAUGACCUUCACCUCCCCACAGAAUUGAAACAGUAUCUCCUCUACCAAUCAAACCCGAGGGGAGAUCUAAUGCGUUGAAAUUACUCUCAACCUCAGACUUAGUGCAUUUCACCCCCAGGCCAAUAGGGGGUGGACUUGGAUAAUCUUGCAGAGAGAAGACUACUUCAUGGCUCAGGGGUGUGAUGGUAAUAUAAUGAAUAAUUCUUCUUUGUGACAGACCUCUGUGCAUACACUGAUUCUCAAGAUUAAUGGACUGUUAUAUGGAGACUUAAAAGUCUUAAAGCAAGGUUUUUAUGGCAAGAUUUUUAUAUUUUUAUUUUUGACAUUAAACACAUGAAAAACAGCACAAAAUGAGACUUUAAUAGGCUCAUGAGAUCCAAUAAAUAUUCAAUAUAUACACUGGAACUAUAUUUUUUAUAUUUAAACAAGUAUCCACAUUUCGUGAAUAUUGUAGUUUUUGAUAUUUAUGACAAAAGUCUGACUAUUUAGCUCCGGAGCUGAAUUUUUGAUUUUUUUUUUUUUUUUGGUGCUGCUGUAUUUAAAAGAUUUCUCUUUGGACCCACAGUAGAUAUUCCUCUCUUAUGAAAUCUUUUUACGUGCCAGGUCCAUGUUAUCCCUACCUGGAAAUGGCUAUUGAUCCUUAGAGAAAACCUGUUUCUUUUUAUAUCUUUUAAAAGCCCUCCUCCACUCAGAAAUGUGUUUUGCUUGUUGUUACUUCAUGUGGAUGUUUGACCUUCGCUGUGCAGAAUGAUGUUUGACACUUGAGUUCAUCUGCUGAAGGGGGAAGUUUCUCUGUGCUCCCUUUAAAUCUGAGUUUAAGACGUGUGCCUAUGAGCGUGAUUUUGUGACAACAAAACUAGUUUGGAUGUCACCCAAUCGUAGACCAAUAUGCAACUUACACAAAUGUGUUGUAGAAGCUUGAAGCCUUGUAGAAACUUAGAAUGUAAUAACUGUGCAUAAUGUAAUAAAAAAUCAAUAAAAACCGAUAAAGUAAUAAUCUGCCGAUAAUGGUGAGCGCAAAAUGUAAUAAUUUUUCAUAUAAAGCACCUUUUCCAUCCCAACAUCACAUCAUGGCCUGCAUGAUCCGCAUUUCAAUUGUGCCCCAUGUUGUUUUCAAGUAUAAGGAUGCCACUCAAAUGCAAACCACACAUGAUAGUUCCUUUAUGUGCAUUUUAGGUGUUUUAUGUACUGAAAUAAUACACACUGUAUCUGAAUCCACCUCAGAAAAGCCAAAAACAUAAAACAUAAACAAGAUAUUAGCAAACCUAGUUCAGCUUAUAGUUAUAGUUUGUCAGAAAUUUUUUGCAUUACUAGCACAAAUACUUUGAUAAAUACUUUGUAUAAUUUCCAAACAUAUGGACACAUACACAAAUAGAUGCUCUCAACAACAGAUAGAUGGUUGAUUCUGAAAAUAUUAGAUGUUUGAACAAUAAUAAACUGCACUAACUCAGUUCUAUAUUACAUAAAGAAGU